GUCCGGUCCGUCCCGCUCCGCUCGUCUCCGCUGCUCCGCUCGGCUUCUCCCGGUCGGGUCCGCUCGGCGCCGUCGGGUUUCCCGUGGCCGGUGUCGGGAUGCGGGCGGUGGCGGCGGUGCUGGCGGCGGUGCUGGCGGUGGGGGCAGCCCUGCCCCGCCCGGGGCUGCUCCCGCACGGCCCGGCCCGCGGCGAUGCCCGGCUCCGGCCCGGGGACGACGAGAGCUCUCCCGGGCUGCUGCUCCGCCGCGCCCUGCGCCUCUACGGCCGCGCCGCCCGCCGCCUCUACGUGGGGACCAACGGGGUCAUCUCCACCCAGGAUUUCCCCAGGGAGACCCAGUACGUGGAUGACGAUUUCCCCACAGACUUCCCCGUCAUCGCCCCCUUCCUGGCCGACCUCGACACCUCCGGGGACAGAGGGAACAUCUACUACCGGCAGGAUGACUCUCGGGACGUGCUGGAGCAGGCUGUGGGAUACAUCCAGGCCGGGUUCCCUCGCUCUGCUGGCUCCUUCGUGCCCACCAAUGCCUUCAUUGCCACCUGGGAGGACGUGGGUGCCUACCAGGAGCUCUCCCAGGACACCGAGCCCUCCCUGAAGCUCAACACCUUCCAGGCAGUCAUAGCCUACAACGAUGAGGACACCUACACCAUCUUCCUCUACCCCAACGGCGGCCUCCAGUUCCUGGGGACGCGACCCAAGGAGUCCUACAACGUCCAGCUGGAGCUGCCAGCCAGGGUGGGCUUCAGCUGGGGGGACAGCGACGACCCGAAGAGGGACGGGCUCUUCCACAGCCUGGCCAGCAGCGAGCAGGCUCUGAGGAGCCUGGAGAGGGAGAGCAACACGGGAAUUCCCGGCGUGUGGGUUUUCCACGUGGGCGGCGUGGAGCACGUGGAGCCGGGGGGCAGUGAGGGAGCCGCUCCUGCCGUGCCUCAGAGCCCCCCUGGGCACCCCAAUCCCGGCACCACCGGCUACAGCCGCCCCCUCUCCGGCCACACGUCCAUGGCUCAGCGUCCCAGCCACGGCUCCCGCUCCCCGGUGCUCCUGGGCUUUGUCCCCAGCAGGAGGGACGCCCAGCAGGGCUACUCUGCCAACCCCUCCUCCUACAGCUCUGGCCACCACGGCGUCGGCGUGGAGGAGGACGUGCAUUUCAACCCUGAUGUGUUCACCUACAGCGCAGCCAGCAAGGAGACGUGUGCCCAGCACCACGGGCGCUGCUCCCCUCACGCCUUCUGCACCGACUACGCCGCCGGCUUCUGCUGCCACUGCCGGGCCACCUUCUACGGGAACGGGCGGCAGUGCCUGCCCGAAGGGGCCGUGCAUCGCCUCAACGGGAAGGUGAGCGGGAGCCUGAGGGUGGGACGGGCGUCCGUCCGCUUCCAGGACGUGGACCUGCACGCCUACAUCGUGGGCAGCGACGGCAGAGCCUACACGGCCAUCAGCGGGGUGCCCCAGCCUGCUGCCCGUGCCCUGCUGCCCCUGCUGCCUGUCGGGGGGCUCUUCACGUGGCUCUUUGCCCUGGAGGAGCCCGGCUCUGAGAAUGGCUUCAGCAUCACCGGCGCUGAAUUCACCCAGAACCUGGAGGUGACGUUUUACCCCGGCGGGGAGACGGUCCAGGUCACUCAGACAGCCGAGGGCCUGGGGCCGGACAAUUAUUUAAGCCUCAGGACACACAUCCAGGGCGAGCUGCCGUUCCUGCCGGAGAACGUCACCGUCCGCAUCACUCCCUACAAGGAACUCUACUCCUACUCCAGCUCAGCCGUGACCUCCUCAGGCCAGCGGGAAUACACGGUGGCCGCGGGCACUGCCAACCAGACCUUGUCCUACCGCCUGCGCCAGAACAUCACCUUCUCGGGGUGCCCGCACUCGAGGCUGCCGGCGUGGCAGCAGCUCUCCGUGGCGCGCGCCUUCGCCCUCUUCGACAGCCACGAGCACGUCCUGCGCUACGCCCUGGCCGCCCGCAUCGGCCCGGCACGAGACGAUGCCGAGAAUCCUGGGGUGAGCCCGUGCCACGAUGGCACCCACACGUGCGAGGCGCCGGCGCGCUGCCGGCCCGGCGUGGGCACCGAGUACACGUGCGAGUGCACGGCCGGGUACCGCGGGGAUGGACGGGGCUGCCGAGAUGUGGACGAGUGCUCCGAGGGCCUGAGCCAGUGCGGCCCCUUCUCCGUGUGCCUGAACGUGCCGGGCAGUUACCGCUGCGAGUGCCGCGGCGGGUACCGGCCAGCGGGGGACGGGCAGGCGUGUGUGCCGCUGGCACCGGCGAGUGACCCCUGCGAGGCCGGGCGGCACCCCUGUGCUCCGGGGGACCGGGCGCGGUGCCUGUCCCACGGCGACGGCCGCGCCACCUGCGAGUGCCUCCCCGGCUACACCGGCGACGGCAUCCACUGCUCCGAUGUGGAUGAGUGUGCCGAGAGCCCGUGUCACCCGGCUGCUACCUGCUACAACACCCCGGGCUCCUUCUCCUGCCGCUGCCAGCCCGGCUACGUGGGCGACGGCUUCCAGUGCACGUAUGAAGGGAACCCGCAGCGCCUCACGCCCUGCCAGCACGAGCGGAUGUACCCGCGGGAGGUGCCACCCCUGGGCGAUGGCCACGUGCCCCAGUGCGACGAGCAGGGCCGGUACCGGCCCCUGCAGUGCCACGGCAGCUCUGGGCACUGCUGGUGCGUGGACGCGGCGGGGCAGGAGAUCGCCGGCACCCGGACGGCGCCGGGCACCACCCCGCCACGCUGCGGGAGCCCAGAGUCCAUCCAGCAGCUGACGCCCUGCGAACACGCGAGGAUGUACCCGCGGGAGGUGCCACCGGGGCCUUCACCCGUGGGCGACGGCCACGUGCCCCAGUGCGACGAGCAGGGCCGGUACCGGCCCCUGCAGUGCCACGGCAGCUCCGGGCACUGCUGGUGCGUGGACGUGGCAGGGCAGGAGAUCGCCGGCACCCGGACGGCGCCGGGCACCACCCCGCCACGCUGCGGGAGCCCAGAGCCCACGGAGCGGCCCCCCAGCAUGUGCGAGCGCUGGCGGCAGAGUUUGCUGGAGCACUACGGGGGCAGCCCCCGCGGGGACCAGUACGUGCCACAGUGCGAUGCCAGCGGCGACUUCACCCCGCUGCAGUGCCACGGGGACAGCGGCUACUGCUGGUGCGUGGAGCAGAGCGGCCGGGAGAUCCCGGGGACGCGCUCCGAGCCCGGCACCACCCCGCCCUGUCUGCCCAGCGUCGCCUCGCCCAGUGUCCGGCCCGAGCCCCGGCCUGACGUGUCCCCACCGGCCACGGGGACGUUUCUGCUCUACGCCCAGGGCCAGCAGAUCGGGUACCUGCCGCUGAACGGCACCCGGCUGCAGAAGGAGGCGGCCAAGACCCUUCUCUCCCUGCAUGGCUCCAUUGUGGUGGGGAUCGACUACGACUGCCGGGAGAAGAUGAUCUACUGGACCGACGUGGCUGGCCGGACCAUCAGCCGGGCGGGCCUGGAGCCAGGCUCCGAGCCAGAGACCAUCAUCAGCUCAGGGCUCAUCAGCCCCGAGGGCCUGGCCGUGGACCACCUGCGCCGGGCCGUGUUCUGGACGGACAGCGGGCUGGACAGGAUCGAGCGCGCCCGGCUGGACGGCUCCGAGCGCCGCGUGCUCUUCGACACCGAGCUCGUCAACCCCCGCGCCAUCGCCGUGGACCCCGUCCGAGGCAACCUUUACUGGACGGACUGGAAUCGUGAAGCUCCCAAAAUCGAAACUUCCACUGUCAACGGAGCCAACAGGAGGGUCCUGGUGCACACAGACAUUGGUUUACCCAAUGGCCUGACUUUUGACCCCUUCUCCAAGCUGCUGUGUUGGGCAGACGCAGGCACCAAACACCUGGAAUGCACAUUCCCGGACGGCACAGGCCGGCGCGUCAUCCAGAGCAACCUCAACUACCCCUUCAGCAUCAUCAGCUACGCCAACCACUUCUACCACACGGACUGGAGACGGGAUGGGGUGAUAGCUGUCAAUAAAGAAACUGGCUCCUUCACUGACGAGUAUCUUCCAGAGCAGCGGUCCCACCUCUAUGGGAUAACAGCAGUUUAUCCCUACUGCCCUGGAGCCAGGAAAUAGCAACUCCAAUUUCAAGGAAACAACAAUCUUUGCACCCAGGAGAGUUUCAGACCCACAGAACUGUCACUGCAUACAAGGGGGGGAAAGUCCCUCACCGAGGCCCAUGAAGUGCCCUGCUUUCCUGCAAAAGAUUUUCAAGUAUUUUUUCGAGUUAUACCUCAAGACUUUACUACUGUAUUUUUUUUACCAAGUGGAAAACAAUGAGAUAUCACCAAAAAAGGGUCCUGGGAAGCUCAAGCCAUGACUCAAACUCUUGCUUUUGCAAGAUUUAAAAUGUAGGUUGUUUUUUUUUUCACUCCAAUGUUUUAUUUUUUUGGAAGAAGGAUGGGUUCAUUUUUCAUCGUUCUGACAAUCUGACCAAGAGGUCCUUUUAUCCAAAAUAAAUUAAGUGCCUGUGGGAAGCUGUGAAUGCAGUAAAUUGCUGGGUCUAAAUAACCACCAGCCCUGAAGCCAGAGACUCUGUGUGUGCUCCAAAAUCCUGCAGAACGGGGAUGGGAUGUGGCAAAGGCGUUGAAGAUUUUCCAGAGGAUGAUUCUGUGUUUUCACCACUGCCUCCAUGCAUGUCUUUUAGUAUUUAUAUUAGAAGAAUAUGCUAGAAUUGAUCUGUUCAUGCUUGUUGGGUCUUCCAAGUGCCUUCCUAGACCUGCCCAGUGUAGACCAAGACAUGUUCAGAAAUACCAGUUACAUUGUAAUGCUUCACUUUUUCUAGGUUACUUCCAUAAUUGAAUAAAAAAGGUUGGUUUAAGUUUC